GGAGUGUGGUGGGACACAGAGAGGGAGAGAUGGUGAGCACUAUGAAUGACAUUUUUCUGAUUUCAGCGCAGAGAUCACGUCCAAGAACUCAACUCAUCUUUGAUUGCUGCUCGAGGGUCAUCCACUUUCUUUAGGUAUGAGGGUGCUACACUGGUGCGUGCUGGGAGUGACCAUCCUCCUGCUGGCAUGCGAGGUCACCAUCAGUCAGCUGUGCAAGUCCCUUAUCACCUUACUAGAUGGUUUCCACACGCUCUUCAUCCUCUUGCGCAUGGCUCUUCCUCGUGUGGACUCCUCUUCAUCUCCCCCACAUGCUGGCUCCUCUUCAUCAGCACCUCCCGCCCCCCCGCCUGCAGAGUCAUCCAUUGAAUCUCCACCUGGGGGCCUGGCCGGGGGGCUUCAGGCCUCCGGUGUGUCCCUCACCAGCAGCAGGGUUCAGCCCGUGGGGUCUUUCAUCUCCGCUCUCCUCCUCACCUCUCUGUGUCUCUCUUACUUCAUGGAGAUCCUCAGCUUCACCCUGGACCCUCACCCAGUGCAGCGCCCCCUGCUGCUCGUGGUGGUCGGAGCUGUCAGCGUGCUGCAUAAGAUGCUGGUGGUCUGGCUGAACUGGGAUCAGCUGCAGGAGGAGAAGGCAGGGCCCGAAUCUCACCUUGAAGUGAACCACAAAGCCUUGGCUGCAGAAGAGACUAAAGGCAGGGACGAGGACGGUAGCCAUGUCCAAUCUGCCGUGUACGACUCGCACCACAACGGGGCGCUUGUCCUCUGUAACCCGGGAACCUCCAGCGUCCCUGACACUGACUGUCAAGCCGCACCGAAGACAGAAGUCCACCUGCAUGCAGCGGCUCCAGAGGAGAGCUGGGACUGUGGAGCUGCACAGCUAAAGGUUAACAAGUGCAUGGGACAUCUCGACAAACAAACUGCAUCAGAUACCUCCCCAGUCUGCAAGUCCUCACAUCCCAUAGAGAGGACUUUACCGGUCAGCCAGUGGCCGGUCAGCCUCCUGUCGUUCGUCCUGGUCCUUCAGGGCCUCUGUACCUCUCUGCUGGCUCUGACCAACAGCCUGGUGGUGCUGCUCAUCGUCCCCCAGCUGCUGCACAGCUCUGGGACCUGUGGCCUGCUGGUGUACCUGGACCCUGGCCUCUCCCUGCUCGCUGUGAUCAUUCUUGUUGUCACAGCUCUGCCACAGGUGCACAGGUAUGGACUGCUGCUGCUGCAGGCCUCACCUCCACACAUUUGUGUGUCUGAUCUUGGACGGAGGAUUACAAGCGUACCCGGGGUUCAGGCUGUGCACGACCUCCACGUGUGGCAGUUGACUGAAUCCUUCACGGUGGCCUCUGUCCAUGUUCACUGCCAUGCUGGGUUUCCAGUGCAGAGGUGUGCUGACCUGAUGUCGGGGGUCACCAAGGUGCUGCAGAGUGUGGGAGUGAGCUGCUGCACCGUUCAGCCAGAGUUUGCCUCUUGCCCUGGUUCCUCUGCAGGCAGUGCAGGGUGCGCCUCGCCCGUGGUCCACAGAGAGGACCCCUCCCUUCCUCCUCUUCUCUCCUGCAGCCUGGCCUGUGGAAAGGCCUGUGAUGGGAAUAUGUGCUGCUCCUCCCUGGAGGAGAGCAGGAGCCUGCUGGCACCGGCAGCUGGAGAAACAAAGGAAGAGCCUCAGACUCUGGUCAUCGAGAACACCUUCCUCUGACCCAGAGAACUGCACUGGAGGAGUUUCAUUAAGUGAAUGUAGGGGCAACGAUAAUGGGGAAAAACAUAUUUUAAAGUGUUAUCUUUCUUUAAGUGCCUGGACAUAUGUUUUUGUUCUUUAGAUUUGGGAUAUUAACACAGUGCUGUCCCAAAGAUUAUCUAUGCAAUAUCAAGUGCAAUUCUGUCAAAAUGGAAGCAUUUUUGUUGUUGUGUUACUUCAUUUGUACCUGGAACUUCUAUA